AAUAAGAAAACUUUUUAAAAAUCAAUAUAAAGUUAAUUAUUUUUUCACUAAAGUUAGAUGAUUCAUUUUUAACAAAAAAAUUUUAAUAUCUUUACUAUUAGGAUAGUUUUUGGAAAAAAUGUGUAAACAUUAUAAGAAAAUUUAAUAAUUUUUAUUAUUUGCUGCAAAAUGAGACCCUCGAUUCAAAAACAAUUGUCAAUAGAAAGUACAACAUUAAAUCGUAAAAAUUUUUUUGCAAACAGAACUUCGAAAGAUAAUUAUCAUCCAGGGCAAUGUAAGUUGAAAUUGACAUUAGAACCAACUUUAUUGGAGAAAAGAUUAAUUGAAGCAUUCGACGUUUUUGAUAAUGCAAGAAGUCAUGAAGUUGAUGUUAGAGAUUUGGGAACUAUCAUAAGAUCAUUAGGAUGUGUAAUAACAGAAGCGGAACUACAGGAAAUACAAGUUGAAGUUGAAGAUGUAGAAAAUAAUUGUGUACCACAAGAACGAUUUGUUGAGUACAUGUGCAAAUCAAUAAGCGAGCGAAAAUUUAGACCAGCGGAUCCUGAAGACUUGUUGAAGGCCUUUAAAUUAUUGGAUGUGGAGGAUCGUGGUCAUAUUAUGAGAAAAGAUUUGGAAAAAGCUUUAAUGGAAGUUGGCGAACCAUUUUCCAAAGAAGAAAUUAAUGAAAUGAUGGCAAUUGCCUGUGAUCCUGAAACUGGUCGAAUUAAUUAUGAACAUUACAUUAAUUUAUUAAUAAAUAAAAAUCCCGAUGUAUAUUCUAUUUAUGAAAAAGAACAAGAAUUAUUAUUAGCAAACGUGCCAAAAAAACGAGCACUUGACAGCAUGUUAUUGAAAGAAUGAUAAUAUAAUUGCAUGAUAAAAAAAAAA